AUGGGAUCAUCUGUUCCUUCUGCAGUCAACCUUGGUGCAUCUCUAGAACCAGGUCUAGGCAUUGUGCUAGAAGAUCCAGACAUUGUGAUAGUUGUUUUAUAUAAUGAAUUUCUUGGGGAUGAUGUUUGCUGGGAGUUUGGAUUAAAAUUCAAAAAGCCUGGUGAUAUUGCUUGGCCAAAACUGAAUGCAAAUGGAGGAGGAAUGGAAUUAGAUGCAGGAAGUUUUUCAAUCUGUCUGACUGUUAACUCAGGGGAAUUGGGUAAUGGGAUAUGUUGUGCAAGAGCUUUGUCUCGGAUUGGUGUAGAAGACUUUUUCUCUGGACUUGGGAUUCUUUGUGAAGAAGAAGAUCCUUCACACUUCUUUGAGCUCUCUGUUGUUUCUGUUCUUCUUGUUUUUGUCUCAAAGCUGUUUUUGCAGCUUCCAGAUCUAAUUGAGUGCAAUGGUGAUGAUAUGCUGACUUUAGGCUAA